CGUUUCCUCGCGGGUGAACGCCUAACUGUGUCGUGCAAAAUAGGACACCGUUGCUAUCUUGGUUGCCUGGUUAAAGCUGCAUAAAAUACAUCUUUCCGUUGUCACAGUGAGAAUCAAAACGAUUUUACCCCAACUAUUAUAUUAAAUAAAACUCGUGUCACGCGAUCGAGUGUUAGAUAAAAUAAUGGAUGUUCAGUGUUCAUUUAGAAAAAUCAAAAACGAAGUUUAAUGGUUUGAUACAGGAAGCACAAAUUUAUCUUAAUCAGGAAUGUAGUCAACUACCCAAAUAAACCCAUUCAAUAUUAUGAGUGAGUUGCAGUCAACCAUAGAAUUUUCAGUAGAAUUAUUCAAAUUUUACAAUGUCGACUUAUUUCAAAGAGGAAUGUAUCAAGUUCGUUGUGCUUUACGGGUUACAUCAAAAUUUAAUGUUGAAAUUGAAGUCACAACACCGGAAGUGACUACUGGUCUAGGUACUGCUAUUGUUUUGGGAAAUUAUGGAGCUUGUCGUCCUUUUCAAAUUCUUUACAGAAACGAAGAAGUUACGCUUAAAGAUGUUGUUUUAUUCAGAUGCCACAUAUUGGUAGAUGGCCAUAAUUUGAGAGAAUCUUUGGAAAGGGUGGAAUUCUCUUUAGUUUUGGAAUUAUGGUUUAGCGAUACUUCCCCAGUAUCUAUGGUUAUGGUUUCCCAAAGAAUAUUACAACUUAAUAUGUCGCCGAUUGAAGGACUUCACUAUCAUUUACCAGUUCUAUUCGAUUAUUUUCAUUUAUCGGCCAUUUCUUUGACUGUUCAUACUGCGUUGACUGCCUUACAUCAACCUUCUAUGAAGAAGGGCCUACUUCGGUACAUGCAAAGCUGUGCUCCAAAACAUUCGAAAUCAUGGAACAAAAUUCGAACAACGCAAUGUUCGUCAUUAACGGAUCCCGUCCUACCAGUGAGUAGUAAUAAGAUUUAUAGCAGAAUUCAUGAAUCACCGCAAAUACAUUUAGAAGCCUAUAACGUUCUAGUAGAUUCUAGCAAUAAUCUUAAAAAUACUAUCAAACAUUAUAAAUCAUUGUUACAAGAGAGAGAAGAGAAUGUUUCAGAGAGUUAUGAUACUGUAGUCGUUAAAUACAAUGAAUACGACAGCACCAAGCUGAUGAAAAAAAGGCCUUACAAACAAAAUUCAGGACUAGCCGAAGUGUGUACAGAGAAUAUUAAAUUAUGGAAUUAUUUUCUGUUGACAUUUAGUUGUAAAAUUGUCAUACAACAGUUUUUAAGCAAAAAGCAUCAUAGUUUAAGAGUUAGAAGAUUUGCCGAACUAUUUUUUCUUAUUUACAACCCCAGGAGCUCGGCAUUUGGAUGUAACGAAACUAAUUAUCAAAAUUAUUCGCUCAUCUCCGAAAUAGCACGAAGGUCAAAAUAUACACAAAUUUUACCACCUUUACCUAUACAUUGUGUAGCUUUAGAUGGGGAAAGUACAACGAUGCCAGUUAUUUUUGAAGAUCAAUAUCAAGAUCCGUUCGAGGCGAAGAAAAGAACUUGUGAAGAAGUCAGUUUCAAUCGAAUUCAAGGUAAUGAUGUAUGGACAAAAUCUACCAAGGUAGAUGUAGAUGAAGCAAAUUGCUCUUGUGGAAUUGGAAGAUUGUGGACAAACAAAAUUGGAUCGAUAAAAACCUUACUCGGCAAUGAUUUGUACAACUUAGGAGACCCUCUAUCAUUUACCAUUCCAGCUAGACAUAGUAAAUCUUUGGAUCAUUUACAAAUGUGUUCAACUAAUAACUAUCAUUAUACUUUAAGUAAUCGCAGACAAAAAUCAUGUCAAAAUAAAGAAAAAUUAUUAUUUUGUCAAACGGAACCAACUUUAAAAAAUGUAGCUAGUGAACAUAAUAUGGGGAACAGGGUAUAUUUUUCAAAUAAAAAUAAAGAAACUAUUUAUAAUACUGAUUCUGAUAAAACAAAUAUAUCUAAAAGAACUGAACCAGAAGAAUUAUUAUCCACUGAUAUUGAUUUACAAAGUUAUAUCGUAGAAAAGAAAUACAAGCAAUUUAGUAUAAAAAAUUUAUCUAACGUGAAAGAUCAAUAUUAUACUUUAGUAAAAUCAUUGAGUGGAAUGCCCUCGGAAAACGUUCACGAAAUUCUCAGAUCUACUUCAACUCAAUCGUUUUCUCCCAAAGGAAAAAUAAGCAACGGAAUGAAUAAAAUUACUCCUUCCUUAUUAAAGAGGAAUCACAAACCUAUCCAAAUUGAAAACAUACAAAAUCAAAUGAAAAAAUCAAAAACGACCGUUUCUAAUGGCAAUAUCGAAAGUUUAUCGACUAGUAGUUCCUUUGAUACCCUAGCGAAGGUUAAAACAGAGUUCAAAUAUGAAAAUAUAACCAAUUCUGGUGCUGUUAGAAAAGUUAGAAGCUUUCCUUGCUUGUCCGAGAAAGUAUUCACGCAAACUUUAUCCGGCACAGAAUCAUUACCCAAUAUAACAACAAAAUUAGAAGAUAGACUCUAUCCCGAAUUGAAAUAUUAUAGUAGUUCAACUUCUUCGAGUACCACUGAACAGAGUGGAUGGAUAACAUCUAGAAGUAGUUCUUUAGCAUCUAGUCUAGAUGUAACCAGUACUCUUCCAUGCCCUUCAGUACAUUUCGAAGCUAUUCAAAAGCGGCUUUUCACAAACUUGGAAGGAAAAAAGAGUAAAGAUAAAAAGGGAAAUGGAGAAAUUAAUACUAAACACAGAUCAAACCGAUUUUAUAUAGAUAGUGAUAGCUCUAAUAACGAUUUUAAAAUUGAUACAUCUGAUCAAGAUCCUAUUUUUUCAAAAGGCUGUGAAUCCAAUCAAAAUAAUAUUUGUGAAGAUUUUGCUCUUCCUCCUCCAAAACAAUUUAGAGAUUUAGACUCGCCUUCCAGCUCCGUUACGAACGGAGUUAACGAUGAAGAAAUUAAUGCAGUUGAUAAUCUACUUUAUCACGUCGUUGAUACGCAAACAACUUUGGAAAGAAGAUCAAGUCAAUUUGAUUUAACCAAAUUGCAAAGUGAGACUGACGCAGAUUACACUCUUACAAAAACAGAUAAAGACUCCCUGAAAACGUUCCUAAAAGCCAAAAAGGAAUUCAAAAGUCAAUUAAACAUACCAGGAUUUCUUUAUUCCGACAUGAACAUGUACGCCUCUACCAUUCCAUAUUUUCACAUCAGCGACGAGUUUAGGAUAUUUUCUCCAGAAGGUAUGCACUUAGUGGUUUGCGUGCAUGGUUUGGAUGGGAAUUCCGCCGAUCUUAGAUUAGUUAAAACGUAUUUGGAAUUAGGAUUGCCUGGAGCUUAUUUGGAUUUUUUGAUGUCCGAACGAAAUCAAGGAGAUACUUUUAGUGAUUUUGACACUAUGACUGAUCGUUUAAUCAGCGAAAUUCUACAUUAUUUAGAUACGAGUAGUAUACGACCAACAAGAAUAAGUUUCGUAGGACAUUCUUUAGGAAAUAUUAUAAUCAGGUCAGCGUUAGCGCGACCCCAAAUGAAAUUUCUAUUACCAAGACUGCAUACUUUCUUAUCACUAUCCGGACCACAUUUAGGUACAUUAUAUAAUAGCAGUGGAUUAGUCAAUAUGGGAAUGUGGUUUAUGCAAAAAUGGAAAAAAUCCGGAUCGCUUUUACAGUUAUGCUUAAAAGAUUCGGUAGAUCCUCGUCAGUCUUUUUUAUAUCGAUUAAGCCAACGAAGUACAUUACAUUAUUUCAAAAAUAUUUUAUUAUGCGGCUCUGGACAAGAUAGGUACGUACCACUUCACUCUGCAAGAAUAGAACUUUGUAAAGAAUCUCUCAAAGAUACAUCAGACCAGGGAACAAUUUUCCGGGAAAUGGUACACAACAUAAUAUCACCAAUUAUUGCUCAGAAAGAAGUGAAACUUAUCAGGUACGACAUCCAUCAUGCCCUACCCAAUACUGCCAAUGCUCUUAUUGGAAGAGCAGCACACAUAGCCGUUUUGGAUUCCGAACUUUUCAUUGAAAAAUUUAUGGUUGUUGUUGGUAUAAAAUAUUUUCGUUGAUAUUAAGAUUUUUUUAAUUAAAAGUUUAAUGAAAA